AUGGUCAAGAAGAGAAAGAACAACGGACGCAACAAGAAGGGCCGCGGCCACGUCAAGCCCAUCCGCUGCAGCAACUGCUCGCGCUGCACGCCCAAGGACAAGGCCAUCAAGCGCUUCACCAUCCGCAACAUGGUCGAGUCUGCUGCUAUCCGUGAUAUCUCGGACGCCUCCGUCUUCGCGGAGUACACCGUACCCAAGAUGUACCUGAAGCUGCAGUACUGUGUCUCUUGCGCCAUCCACGGCAAGAUUGUCCGUGUCCGUUCCGUCGUCGGCCGCCGCAACCGUGCUCCCCCUCCCCGCGUCCGCUACAACAAGGACGGCAAGAAGAUCGUCCCCACCGUCGCCAAGACCGCUUAA